AUGGCCGAAACUGAGGCGCUUCUCAAAGAUGAAGAUAAAGCCCUCAGAGAACUGGCAGAACAAGAACGAGAUUCAUGUUUGCAAGAUAUCCAAGGUCUCAGACAGAAGAUUCUGGAUCUGCUGAUACCGGAGGAGGAUGCAGAUCUAAACGACCUUGUUUUGGAAGUCACUGCAGGAGUUGGGGGUCAGGAAGCUAUGCUGUUUACUUCUGAAGUAUUUGACAUGUACCAGGGUUUUGCUCAAUACCACGGCUGGUCUUUUGACGUUUUGGAUUAUAUGAGGAGUGAUUUAGGAGGGCUACGCCGAGCUUCUGCCAGUCUCAGCGGGGAUCAGUGCUAUAGUAGAAUGAAGUUUGAGGCAGGUGUCCAUCGGGUACAAAGAGUUCCCAAGACUGAGAAACAAGGCCGAAUGCACACCAGCACAAUGACUGUAGCUGUAUUACCACAACCUACUGAGAUCUCCUUCAGCAUAAACUCCAAAGACUUGAGGAUUGAAACUAAAAGGGCAAGUGGGGCAGGAGGUCAACAUGUUAAUACAACUGACAGCGCGGUUAGAAUAGUCCAUAUACCCACAGGUGUUGUAGCAGAAUGUCAACAAGAACGGUCCCAGUUAAAAAAUAAGGAAACAGCCAUGAAGGUUCUUCGAGCAAAAUUGUACAGUAUGAAGCUGGAGGUCGAGACUAGCAAACGGUACAUGCAACGUAAAAUACAGGUUGGCACAAAAGAUAUUUCUGAAAGGUGGAGAGCAAGUUUGGAUCUCCCUGGAAGUCUGACCCCAGUGAUGGCAAACGAGGAGCCAAUAAUCCUCAACGUGUAUGAUAUGUACUGGAUGAAUGAGUUUACCACCACUCUGGGCAUCGGUGUCUAUCACACAGGGAUCGAGAUGUAUGGAAGAGAGUUUGCCUAUGGUGGACACCCAUACCCAUUCUCAGGAAUAUUCGAGAUCACACCAGGAGAUGCCAUUGAACUUGGUCAAACCUUCAAAUUCAAAGAAGCCAUUCUCUUGGGCACCACAGACUUCACUGAGGAGGACGUAGAGCGGAUCGUGGAAGAAAUGGGGAAGAAGGAGUAUAAGGGCAACUCCUACCACCUCAUGUACAAGAACUGCAACCACUUCUCCUCAGCGCUGUCCGAGAUCUUGUGCGGCAGAGGGAUCCCGGGCUGGGUCAACCGGCUGGCGUACUUCAGCUCGUGUGUGCCAUUCCUCCAGAGCUGCCUUCCCAAAGAGUGGCUGACCCCCGCAGCGCUGCAGUCCAGUGUGAGCCAGGAGCUGCACGCCGAGGGGCAUCUGGAGGAGGGAGAAGACGCCGCUGCCACUGCCUCUCUGGCCUCUAUGUCGCCCUGCACCCCCACCAGCCCCUCCCCUCUGACACGACACCACCAGCCGCGGCGGUAG